AUGCAACUACCAAAUAAAUAUGAGACACUAGUUGGGGAACGUGGUAUUCAAUUAAGUGGUGGCGAAAAGCAGCGAGUAGCAUUAGCUCGUGCUCUUGUUAAGCGUCCUAGUAUCUUACUGUUAGAUGAAGCAACGAGUGCACUUGAUAAUGCCAGUGAAAAAAUUGUUCAAGCAGCACUACAUCGGGCAUGCCAAGGUCGUACAACUAUUGUCAUUGCUCAUCGUUUGACGACAAUUCAAAAUGCUCAUAGGAUUUAUGUACUAGAUAAAGGAUGUCAAUCUGGUUGUGGUAAAUCAACAAUUAUUCAGCUCUUACAGCGUUUCUAUGAUGUAUCGCAUGGUCAAGUGCGCCUUGAUGGUGUUGAUAUUAGAGAACUUAAUAUUAACUCGCUCCGAUCUUAUUUCGGUCUUGUAAACCAAGAGCCAAUAUUGUUCGAUUUGACAAUCGCAGAGAAUAUAGCUUAUGCUAAAGAAAAUGUUAUCAUGGAAACCAUUAUUGAAGCAGCUAAUAAAGCUAAUAUUCAUCAGUUUAUUCAGCAACUUCCUCAGGGCUACGAAACGAGAGUUGGUAUGAAAGGAAGUUUAUUGUCGGGUGGUGAAAAGCAACGUAUUGCCAUCGCUCGAGCUUUUCUUCAACGACCGAAAGUGUUGCUCUUAGAUGAAGCAACCAGUGCCAUGGAUAUAAACAAUGAACAAGUACGUUUUAUAUUUUAUUUUUUCUGA